UUCGGCCCGUGUAAUAGUGGCUAAAAUUUUGAAGACUAUAUUAAUUCCUAAUUUUUGAAUUAGAAAUGUAUGGUAGCGAAACGAGACUAAAUAGGUAAUCGAAAAAUGGACGAGAACGAUUUCUUCAGGCAAACGGUCCAGCAUUUAGCGAGAUGUCUCUCUUGUUUAAACCCAACACCUUGGGAAAAGGUGAACACACUGUUCAUGCUAUGUCCACAAGUAAGUUCGCCGUUCGUAGUGACGCCACGCAGCCAAGAAGCCAGCAUAGCUCUUGGACUGUACUUCCUGCAGAGUGGCUUGCAGCACCAGGAGAAACUUCUGCCGUAUUUCCUGAAAGUGUUGAAAUGUCUCUCGAAUGCUCAGUUUCAGGAGCCUAUGACGAGAGUCAAAUGUGGCGACCGUAUUCCUAUGUCAGAGAAAUUUAGCUUCUGUCUAAAUACACUGCUCUCUGAUGUCGCCACGAAGAACCCUUCGUUGCGCGAAGAAAUCACAACAGCUCAAAUUGAGCUCAUGUCAAAUCUGACAAAGAUAAUAAUCACGUGUUUCGAAAGCAAAGACUACAGCAAAACAGUAUCAAAGCUGCAACUGUGUAAGAGCACAAUACCAAUAUUGAUAGGAUUGUCGAGGUCUAUGGGCAGAUAUGCGACGGUCGAACCUUCCCUAUUAUGUCGAUUAUUUCCCCAACCAAGUAGCCCAGUCAGAACGAAAGAACCAGAACCGAAUUUCGAAUACGCCACGCUGGAUAAGAAAAGGCGUUUCAAUCAAUUCAGACCAAUUAUACCCCGUUCUCUAUCGGGGAAUUUGAACCCAAAUUUUGAGAGCAUUGUUGAAAAUGGCAGCGACACAGUCGAUAGUGGUUGCGGUACAUUAAAACGAAGCUCGUUCCAGAGUUACCACUCCGUACCUUACGAUCCGACCACGUAUUUCUUUCACAAGUUCGGAUCUAGUUUUAACCAGUUUCCGUACAUGCGGUUUCCGGAAUCCCCUGAAAAGAGGAUAAGCGUUCCGUUUUAUGUAACGUACUUACAGUCGAUAUUGUCGUUGGCUAAAAAGUUAUUGACGAGAGAGCUUUUGGCGUUCUUGGACGAAGAAGCAGAGGAUAUUCAUGCAUCUGGACAAAUACAAGUAUUUCCUUAUAGAUCGUUUUCAGAAACAUUAAAUUUAGUUAUGGUGACAUUAUUACGUGAUAUUCUUCAGAAUCAAAAAGAUUUACCCGGUCCAUUUACUAAGGAUGUACAGGAAUUCGUAAAAUGCCUAUUCCUCAGUGGUCAAACAGAGUUACAGAGUCGACACCACGAUGCCUCUGAGAAAGAAGAUAGGGAAACUAACUUUGCCACGGUGAAUAAGUUCAAAGUUAACGUUAUGGCUAAUUCGGCGUGCGUUGAUUUAUUGGUUUGGGCUAUUGGUGAUGAAACAGUGGAUGAAGACUAUGAUGUUCCAGCUCUAAUUAAUGCUCUCACGAUAUUAAUAGGAGCCGAUUCAUUAUGUGGUCGUUUGACAGAGAAAAUCAAUUCAAAUCAUAAUCACAAGUUGAUAUUAGCGCACAUGCCGCUGCUUAUGGUUUGUCUAGAGGGUCUCGGAAAAUUAGCAACAAAAUUUCCAACAAUAGCAAAUACAUCUAUUUAUUGCUUGCGUGACUUCUUGGUCACUCCAUCGCCGAUAUUGUUCAAACUGCACAAGUUGGAACUUGAGAGGUCUGGUAAAGACCAUAUAAAGGCGACGCUAAACAAAGAAGUACCAGGAGUAACGGAUACGGGAGCCCCAGUGAAAUCUACACCGUUCGAGAAGCUUCGAGACGCGGCAAUAGAGAAUCUCUGUGUAGCUCUAGAUGCAGCAUUGUCUGUGGACCCUUAUUGUGUACCAGCUUUGGUUGGUUCUGUUAGCAAUAGACUGUUUACUGCGGAGACCAGUGAUAGUGAGUCCUCGUUAAUCAGUACAAAUAUCGUAAUAAUGUUGGGACACGUCGCGGUUGCGUUGAAAGAUACACCAAAGACAACGGACACCAUUUUGCAAUUCUUUCAACAGAGGUUAUGUCGUUCACCAUCAUCCCUAGACACACUUAUAGUAGAUCAAUUAGGGUGUAUGGCCCUAGCGAGCCCAGAAGGACCAGCGCACGACGAGAUCAUGAGAAUGUUCACAGUCAUCACAGUGGAGGCGGCCAGCGCUGCGUAUCAGCAUACUGACGAUAGAAAACAGUAUCGUCACGUAUCGGGCGCGGUACUGAACGCGCUCGCGAACAUAGCGGCGAACGUUCGCGGCACGAACGCGCGGCACGAGCUGCUCAUCCGCCUGCUCGAGCUGUUCGUGCAGCUGGGGCUGGGGGGGGAGCGGGCUACGGACAGGUCUCCGGCACCUGUGCUCAAGGCUUCUGGAAGUGCUGGGAACUUGGGCGUGCUUAUACCUGUUAUAGCGGUUCUCGUCAAAAAAUUGCCUCCAAUAAAAAAUCCCAAACCACGACUGCACAAGCUCUUCAAAGACUUUUGGUUGUAUUGCGUCGUAAUGGGCUUCACAGCCGCUGAAUCAGGACUAUGGCCGCAAGAAUGGUACGCUGGGGUAAAGGAAAUAGCCGUGAAAUCGCCUUACCUCGUCUCACAGACGUCCUUACGUUCUGAAAUGAGAACAUAUCAAUACACGUCAGCGGUAAGGAACGAUUCGGUGUCGAUUAACGAACUGCAAGAGUUGAAAACCCAGAUUCUGAACCUGUUAGACCAUCAGCCUGAUGUCACGGUGAUCGUGAAUAAGUUGACGUUUGCGCCCUGUAUGUAUCUACUGAGCGUCUAUUGGCUGGAGUCGUUGAGAGUGGCAAACUCUCCAGAGCCAAGUUUGCAGCCGAUUAUAGAGUAUUUGAGUGACACAGCGCUGCAAAAAGACAAAAGCAGUAUGUGGCAGUGUGUUGCAAGCGUGGGCGACAAAGUAUUCCAGAAGUUUCUAGACGUAAUGUCAGCGAAAGUAAAGGACGAAUCAAGGGAGAGGGAAUUAGAGCUGCACGCACAAUUUUUGCUCGUGAAUUUCAACCAUAUUCACAAGCAAAUAAGGCGGGUAGCUGAUAAAUGGUUGGCGGGGUUGGUUGAUAGGUUCCCGCAUUUAUUGUGGAAUUGUCGGGUAUUAUGGUCUAUGUUGGAUAUAUUACAAGUACUAAGCUUCAGCUUAGAAUUGGACCCGAAUCAAGAGACUCCGCUAUUGAAAGUACCAGAUACAGACUUUACAUUGCAACUACAAGACACAUUAGAAGGAAGAGAGUGUAUCGUAAAAGACUUCGCGGAUCGCUGUGAAGGUAUAGUGAAAGAAGCAAUGAAAUGGGCGCCGCAGUCGACCAGAUCGCAUCUUCAGGAAUAUUUGAAUCAGGUUCCAAACUCAACGCUCUGGCAUCACUGCGGUCUAGCUCUCGCCAUUGGAGCCUUAUUAGGAGCCCCAGGUUUAAACAGAAUGUCGACGCCAUUGCCUCGAGCGGCGUUAGACAAACGGCCGCCGUGUGUGACGCAAGAUUCGGCGGCGUUAUUGGCGGUAGUGUCGCAGAGGAGUCGAUAUGUUGGAGAGAUCGCAGGGUCAGUAACCGCCGAAGGCGGUGGCGAAGCAGCUCUAUGGCGGGUCGGCAGCCGCUUACACACAGCGCUUAAAGAAGCUUGCGCCAGCGGCAGUGAGACAGCGCACCGUACAGCACUGUGGCGCUGUACAGCGCUGCUAGUGCACGCUAGAACAUUCUCCAUCAGCACCAACUACAUGUCGGCUACAGCGCGCGCUCUGCUGCAUAGCGUUGCCUGGUCACAAGUGGACAUAUUCACGGAGGACGCAGUGACGUCAGCAGUGGAAUGCUGGCAAUGGCUGACCACAUCCCGACCAGAUUUGGAACUAAGAUUGUUACAAGAAGUGUUCGCAGCUUGGCAGACAACUGUGGACAGGAAGAUGGGGUUGUUUGCUAAACAAGCGGAUGAGAUUAGCCCACUGGCUGCGUAUGAAGGUGCAAAACUAGAGCCCCGUCCGCCCUUCGUAGCGCCGCAUGCUGUAUGGGUUCGAUAUCUGUGCGAAGUUGCUGAAACAGCCAAAUACAAUAGCUUGGAGAAGGUUGAAAUGUUGGCUAGUCUUCUACACAGGAGUUUACCCAUAACUGUAGGUGAUGUGAGAGAUCAUAUAAACAGACACGUAGACGCUGUUGGAGUGCGUUUUAAAUUGCUAUCCUGCGGUCUAUCCCUGCUCCAAGGGGAUAUACUACCCCGAUCUUUAGCCAGGAACAUACUCCGAGAACGAGUAUACUCUGUUUGCUUAGACUACUUCUGCAGAGGCCUGCAGUGCCCGGCCAAAGGUGCGGGGGCUUUGAGAGAGGAUAUUAUUUCCUUGAUCAAGUUCUGGCAACUGAUGCACUCGGAUAAGAAGUACUUGAAGAGCAGCGAUAUUGGAGCGGACUUUGAACUCAUGCACGGUCCUAACAGUCAACAGAGUUUGUACACAUCAAACUCGCCGACGGACAAUAGAUCGUCUGUGAAUAGCAGCGAUAUUGGUAAUAGACAGACUACUGGCUGGAUUAAUACGGUACCAAUGUCAACAACAACAUUAAGUAGUGGGGCAGGCAGUAUCGCCGGCAAAAGGUCGAACAGAAGUGUGAAACCUCCAACGAAGACUCAAGAUCCUUUCGUCAAAGAUUAUGUGAAAAAGAGAAACCUUAUAUUGGAAUUGAUGGCGGUAGAAAUCGAGUUUUUAGUCACGUGGCACAAUCCUCACGGAAGGCCAGAGCAAGCGGUACCGGGUGAAGACAAUAUAGCGACGUGGCGGUCGAAACCGAACACGGAACGCACGUGGAGAGAUUAUACCAAACUAGCUUGGGAUAUCAGCCCCACUUUGGCUGUGUUUUUACCUGAAAGACUUAAAAACGAAGGUAUAGUAGCGGAGAUCAAGCGGAAGGUGCAAUCACAUCCAACGGCCGUCUGUCACGUACCACAAGCACUCAAAUACCUAGUCACUACAGAAACUCUACUUAACGAUGCACAUGAGCUAGUGCACAUGGUAACAUGGGCGCGUGUGAGUCCCGUAGAGGCACUAUCGUACUUCAGCCGGCAGUACCCGCCGCACCCGCUGUCCGCGCAGGCGGCCGUCAGCACGCUCACGUCGUACCCGUCCUCCGCCGUGCUGCUCUACAUACCGCAGCUGGUGCAGGCGCUGCGACAUGACACGAUGGGUUAUGUAUCGGAGCUUAUAAAGUCGCUAGCGAAGAAGUCGCAAGUGGUCGCGCACCAGCUUAUUUGGAACAUGCAUACAAACAUGUAUACUGACGAAGAAAUGCAUAAUAAAGAUACUGCACUAUUCGACAUAUUAGAAGGUCUAACCAAAAACAUAGUGGAUGGGCUCUCUGGGCCUGCCAAAGCGUUUUAUGAACGAGAAUUCGACUUCUUUAGCCAAAUAACAAACAUAAGUGGUAUUAUACGACCGUAUCCGAAAGGUGCUGAAAGGAAGAGCGCUUGUUUGGAAGCGCUUAAGAAUAUAAAGGUACAACCCGGAUGCUAUCUUCCUUCAAAUCCAGACUCGAUGGUCAUUGACAUUGAUUAUAAGAGCGGUACGCCCAUGCAAAGUGCGGCGAAAGCGCCGUAUUUAGCAAGAUUCCGAGUACGAAAGUAUGGGAUAGCGGAAAUGGAGUCUACAGCCAUGGCCAUUGCUUCGGGAGAAGAACCGCCUGUUGAGGAAGGCAAAGACAGAUUCACAUCAAUAGCGCAAGAGGUGUGGCAAGCGGCCAUAUUUAAAGUGGGCGAUGACGUAAGACAGGACAUGCUUGCACUGCAAGUUAUUUCUCUAUUCAAGAAUAUAUUCCAACAAGUCGGCUUGGAUUUGUAUCUAUUUCCGUAUAAAGUUGUUGCUACAGCUCCAGGGUGUGGUGUAAUAGAAUGUGUGCCGAACGCGAGGUCCAGGGAUCAGUUGGGCAGACAAACGGACAUCGGCAUGUACGAGUAUUUCAUUAAAACGUAUGGAGAUGAAACCACUAGAGAAUUUCAGGCUGCUAGACGGUGUUUCGUGACAUCGAUGGCCGCGUACAGUGUUGUAGGAUUCUUGCUUCAAAUAAAAGACAGACACAACGGCAAUAUCAUGCUGGAUACAGAUGGACAUAUUAUACAUAUUGACUUCGGAUUCAUGUUCGAAUCGUCGCCCGGCGGAAACCUCGGCUUCGAGCCGGAUAUAAAGCUAACAGACGAAAUGGUGAUGGUGAUGGGCGGCAAGAUGGAGGCGCCGCCCUUCCGCUGGUUCUGCGAGCUGUGUGUGCAGGCCUUCCUGGCCGUCAGACCCUACCAAGAAGCGAUAAUAUCAAUGGUGUCCCUCAUGCUAGACACGGGGUUGCCAUGUUUCCGCGGUCAAACGAUACGUCAAUUGCGAUCCCGUUUCGCGCCAAAUUCAACGGAGAAAGAAGCGGCCGCUUUCAUGCUCUCAGUUAUACGAAAUUCCUUCUUAAACUUCAGAACGAGAACUUACGACAUGAUACAAUAUUACCAGAAUCAAAUACCGUACUGAUUUGGGAGUGUUUUUUUUUUAAUAUAAGUUAUUUUUGUGGGGACUUGUGUUCUUCCUAACUAUAAAGGAAAGGCGGUGUGGAAAUGGUGUAUAUUGUAAUAUAUUUUGCCAAAUUGAAGUUAUUUAAUGGUUUGAGAAAGUUUGAAAGUUAAGAGCACUUAAUUCGUCCUUAUUAGAAGAAUUAUUAUUGUAGGUGAUGUCUUUGGUGUUGUAUGUUGUAUCCAAAAAAUUAUUCGAAUCGAACGAUUUAUUUACUGAUGAUUUUCAAUAAAUAUGUUUGUAAAUGCUUUUUGAAGUAGUGAUGCAUGUUUGCAAAUAGCUGAAUAACUCUUCUAUGUACAUAUCUAUUUUUAUUUAUGUUGCUUAAUAUGAUGACUUCUACUGUUUAAAAUGAAUCAAGCAAAAUAAGAAUGCAAAUAAUGCAUUAUAUGCAAUCCUCUUUCCUUUAACUUAAACUAAUAUAAAAUGAAAUUCUAUGAUAAAUCCUCUCAAAACAUUAAAAGGAACCUAUCUAUUUUUCGCGAAAUUAAAAUUGAAAUAAGAAAUACUAAUUAUUAUAAAACACAAAACAGACAAAAAGUACAAACGAAAUAAUAAUAUAAUAUAAUAAACUGCUAUCUUUGAAGCGAUCGAUAUUCCAAGUGUCUCUCUUAUAAAAUUUAAGUACGAAAAAAUAUAAUAUAAAUAUAAAAUUAAAUGAUAUAUUAUUCUAUUAAAACCUAUGUUCAUGCCGUUUCAGUGUUGAAUUUUCUAUGUUAGCAGCCUCCAUUACAAGUAGUAAUUAUUGAUAUAGAGAAAAGAUAUGCACGUUAUACAUAUUUACUUAAUAGGAACAUAUUUUAAUUAAAAAAUAAAAUUUGCUUCGUCAGUCUAAAACUUUUCGUCCUGAUAUUUAUAAUUGAUCAAUUUAAAUGUAUCGUUUUUAAUUUAUAAGAACAAAAGUUCAUUUAUUAUUACAUUCCAGAGCAACUGCAGAUUUAAUAUAAACUUUUGAAAUGACAUGAAUUUUAAAUAUUUUUCAAUAAUAAAAAAAUAAUAAAAACCUAUUAUUCGAGAAGAACAAUUCUUAUGAAUGUUUUAAAUGCAUGCCAAUAAACUAUUGAUUAGAGUAGAGUUACUAAAAAACUUUAAACUUAAUUUUUGAGUGAUUUUUAAAAGAUUCGUUACGUGUUCUUUGCCAAAUGGAUAUUUCAUGAAAAUUAAAAAAAAACAUACAUAUUUAGUUAGUUAUUCUUACAAUAAAGAAUAUACCUAUGCGUUUUAAAAAAUCUUGAAAAAUAAUAAGGCAUACAAUUUUGGAUUCCAAUUCUUGGAAUUUUAUAAAUUUAAGUGAUUAUAAUUUUAAGGAAUUGCACUACUUUAGUUACCAAGUUGUAUCUUAUUGCCCCAAAACUAUUAUUUUUAAUUUUUUACUUUUAAAUGUCUUGGAACGUCCACCUCGCCUUGAAAAUUAUGAACUGCCUGUAUAAUUUUGUGAUUGAAAUGAAACAAAUAUCGGAUAAAACUUAUAUAAGAAUAUCUUUUUCCAUAAUCAUUUAAUUUUGUAUCGAUGUCGCCUAUUUAUUUCCAUAGCACUUAUAUUAAAAAAUGGGAUUAUAAGAGUGGAUAAUUUACCUUCUUUCAAUUUUUAUUAUUAAGCUAUUGCAUAGCUUCUAUCGCGGGCCUUGAGCGCGGGGACCGAAUCGAGAAAUUCCGUAACGAAAAAACCUCACGCUCCCCACUCCGACGGGUG